CGUCCGCCAUUUUGGAAAGGCGAGAGAGAGACUAGACUUCUUAUUUGAGGAAAAAAAUCAAAUUUCUCUCACUAUGAACGCGUUACAGUCUUAUUCGAGUGAUGAUGAAUCGGGUGGGGAAGUGCCGGAAAAGAAGAGUCACAAAUGUGGUGACCCAGGCACAAACUACGAUGAAGUAGGAAUGGAUAUAAGUGAGGACUCCGAGGAUGAGCUGCAGCAGAACCCCAAAGCCAACAGUGCCAACGCCUCUACCAGACCGUCAUCGGUUAACAACUGUGCGCCUUCCCACGGACCGCCCAGUGCCUCGCCAACCUCUGGCAAAUCCUCCGCCACAGACAACAAAGACGGACAGAGGUCCAGUUUACAGGAGAGAUUACUAGGACUUGCCAGUGGAGGAAGACGUUUAUCCCAAGAUGACCGAGGUGGACAGAGAGAAAACAAAGACAGCAGCAGUAGCAGCAGCAACGCAAGCACCACUUUAGAACAGGAUGCUAACCCCCCCGCAAAAUCUAGAUCUAAGUCCCCCGUGGUCACUAAGCCGUCCAAAACCAGGUCUCCUAAACCCAGGUCCCCUGGGGGGGGUGGCCACCGCAGUAGGCACAAGACGAGAUCGAGGUCAAAAUCAAGGGAGAGGGACUCAGGGCGCUCGGGUCAGCAAAGCAGAGACCAUACGAGUCGAAGUCAUCUCAGUCAAGGGCAUUCAGGGCGGAACAGAGACAGUCGAGACGUACGCAGGAGCCGCGAUGACGACCGCAAGCGGAGAGAUGAAGAGAGACGCAGCAGAAGGUCACGAUCCAGGUCCAGGUCGAGAGAGAGGCGCAGGUCGAGGUCAAGGUCAAGGGAUCGCAGGUCACGAUCGAGGUCAAGGGAAAGGCGCAGACGCAGUCGAAGCCGCGAGAGAAAGAGGCCCAUGGACAUCAGGAAAGGUGAUGCUUGUGAUUAACUUUGUUUUUCUAUU